CACGUGAUGAUCAUGUGACUGCAGAAGGUGUUAAAAAAUCCUGAGCCAUGUCACUGGGGAAAACAGUUGCCUUUGUCCUUGUUUUUGUCAUCUGUUUACAUGGUUCAAAAGCAUCUAGAUCGAGAAAAUUCCUAAAUUUCGGCGCGAAUGGUGGAACCAACUGUGCCACAUGUACUGUUAUUUUUACAUUUGGAGAACAACUAGCAACUAUACACAAUGAAACAGUAACGAAAUCUUUAGAAAGGUUCUGCAAUUAUUUACCACCUGCAGUCGCAAUACCAUGUAAAGUAUUUGUAGACUACAUUGCAUAUGAGAUUAUACGUGUAUUACCAGCGAAAUACAAUCCAGAUGAAGCCUGUCAAGGACUUGGUUUUUGCUUCACUGAUACUGGGGAAGAACAGUGCCACCUGUUUCCAAAACCAAAAGUUAGCCGAGUAUUCAAUGCAGGAAGGAAGAGAGCAGCUCCUAACAUAUGUGAACUGCCUGGAAUUAAAGAGAUUUGUAAACUUAUAGACAAAAUAUUUGAUGGUCAUAUGCCAGCAGUUGAUUUAGAUGGUGACAGAUUUAGUGUCAUGAAGACAUUUAGAGGAACAUCAUGGAGAGGAAAAGACUGUGAUGAUGGAAGCAAAGAUAUACAUCCUGGUUCCAGGCCUCAUUUCUCAGAUGUAAACAAAGAUACUAACUGUAAUGGGAUAUAUGGUGCUGAUAGCUCAGGAAAUGCAUAUGAAGACCAGUUAUGUCUGAACAGUCAGCAAAGAGGAGCUGUUGUCUUAGGAGAUUCAAUCAGUGCUCACUUCCACUUGCCAAGAGAAUGGUUUAACACAACAGAAAUGUCAUAUGUUGUUUUUGAACCAUUGUUGAAUAUUUUAGAAAAUGAACUUGAUUGGCCAGAACUAUCAUCUAUGACUGGAUUUAUACCAAACCCUUAUCCAUUGAUUAACCAUGGACCUACAGAUUCUGUUUAUAUGAGACUGAAGGCAAGAAAUAGAUGUAACCAUAGAGAUUAUCAAAACAUUGCAGUCAAUGGUGCUAGAUCUGGUUCAAUGGAUGAUAUAAUGUUAAGUAUGUUCCGUAACCCAACAGCAGAUUACCCAGUGAUUCUAUUCUAUGCUUUGGUUGGCAAUGAUGUCUGUAAUGGACAUCCAGAUACUAUUGAUCACAUGACCAAACCCGAUCAAAUGAAGAACAACACAAUGCAAACACUGAAAUACUUGGAUCAAACACUACCUAAGGGCAGUCAUGUUUUCCUUACAGCACUUGCAGAUGGCAGGGUAUUGUAUGACAGUCUGCACAGUAGAAUCCAUCCUAUUGGUUCACUUAGAAAUGAUGUCACAUAUGCAAACUUCUACGAUUAUUUUAACUGUUUACAGGUGUCCCCAUGCACAGGAUGGAUGAAUUCAAACGACACAAUGAGAAAUUUAACCACAGAUAGAGCCAAUGAGUUGAAUUCAAUUUUACAACAGCUUUCAACUGAAUAUCAGUCCAAAAAUUACAAGUUGUAUUAUGUAGAUAACCCAAUUAACCAAGUUUUGAAUGAGUAUGAGAAAAAUGGAGGACAAAAAUGGGAAUUGUUGGAGCCAGUUGAUGGAUUUCAUUCAAAUCAGAUAGGCCAAGCUUUGACAGCCAAAGUGGUAUGGGAGAACCUAGAAACCAAUUAUCCUGAUGUGAUAGGCCCUGAAAAUCCUAACAACAGUAAAAUAGAACAGAUUUUUGGAUCACAGGGUGGCUACUGAUGUGAAAGAAGGACGUAUUUGUAAAAUUGACAUUUUUAUAUGAUGUAAUUUAUGGAUCAGGAAUAAGAAAAAAAGUUAAUGCUAUCUAAAAUUAGAAAAAAAUAAUUAAAUAAAAAAAUUCUUUCAAAGAUACUUGAUAUAAUCUGCUGGGUUAAUCUACAUGAACUUACAUGUCUUGUAAUCAGUUUGAGCAUAAUAGAAGUACCAUGCUAAUUUGAUGCAAUAAAAUUGUGCCAAAUAAAA